GAAGGCGAAAAAAGUGAGAUCGGAGGAGAAAUUAUGGAUCAAUUCUCAGGAGGAGGUGGUAACUGGUCGAUGAUCCCCAACGUGCAGGGUCAGGGUAACUACGGUACACCGACGAAUCAUGACCAGCAGCUAUUCCUCCAGCAACAACAAUUACAAAUACAGCAGCAACAACAACAUCAGUUGCUUCAACAACAACACCAACAACAACAGCAACAGUUCCAGCCACAACAAGAUAUGCAGCAAUUUCAGCAAUUCCAACAACAGCAACACUUCAUUCAACAACAGCAAUACCAACAACAACAACAACAGCAACAACGCUUGUUACAAUCUCCUCCUCUUCCUCAGCCGCAGCAGUCGUUGCAAUCGCCUCCGCCACAGCAGACGGUGGUUCAUACGCCUCAAUCAAUGAUGCAUACACCGCAACAACAGCAACAGUUGGUGCAGACUCCGCAACAGCAUCAGUCUUUAGCUUCUCACUUCCAUCUUUAUCCGAUGGUGGAGAAAUUAACCGAUGCCAUUGAAAAUGGAACACGAGAUCAGAAUUCUGAUGCCCUGGUGACUGAAUUGAAUAGCCAUUUCGAAAAGUGUCAGCAGUUGCUGAAUUCGAUUUCAGGAUCGCUAGGAUCUAAGACUAUGACUGUUGAUGGCCAAAAGAGAAAUGUAGAAGAGAGUGAGCAGUUGCUUCAACAAAGAAGGGAUUUGAUUGUGGAGUAUAGGAAAUCUAUUGAAGAUAUUGUCAAGAUCGAGCCUUAGAUGCUUUAAUUUAGUUCCUAUAUUGCUUCCUAGAUGCUUUAAUCUAGCAAUUUUUUUUGCUACCAAAGACCAAUAAUUGUUAUCAAUAAACCAAUCUUUUAUCCACUGAAUAAGGAGGACGUGCUUUUUUUCACGAAUUCUCUUUUCAUCAGAGUACAAUGCAUCAUGUGUUUUGUC